UCAAUUUGUAUAAAUAUUCUGCUCUAAACCGAGCAUGGCAUCAGUUUUAGUUUUGCAUCCACAUCGCACUAUAGACGAUAUCUCUAUACACAAAACAUAAAAAUCAUGUUCAAGGUCAUUGCCCUGAUUGCCUGCCUCGCCGCGAUCGUGUCGGCCUAUGAAGACUAUCACACCCAUCCCCAGUACAAGUUCGAGUAUGGAGUCAAGGAUGGACACACCCACGAUCACAAGAGUGCCUGGGAGCAUCGCGAUGGGGACCACGUGAAGGGUCAGUACACCCUGGAUGAGGCUGACGGAACCCACCGCAUUGUUGACUAUAGCUCGGACCACAAGGGAGGAUUCCAGCCUCAUGUGCAGCGCGUUGGACACGGUCACCAUCCCCAUGGCGAGAGCUACGCCAACAUCAAGCAACAUUACUAGAUUCGGGCUGAUUCAACCAAAGAGCUAGAUUUAAUUGAACUGUCGAAAAUAUAUUUUUAUCAAUUCUCCUAAA